UGCGUGUUUGUCUCAUCGAACAGCCUUCCUCGUUAAGGCGUUGUCUUUUGGCUCGUCUGGCGCAUACACCCGCCGGUAACCAGUCUACUCCAGAUCUCGCACUGUAGAUCACUUGUAUCUUUUGACGAUGAUCCAUGCCAAGGUGUGCUUCUUCUGGGGGGGGUUUUUUUUUGUCCUUGUUCUUUUUUUCUUUAUUAGCUGGUACUCCAACAAAUGAUGCGAGGCCAUCCUGUGGCGCGGCUACAUUUGAAUCAGCCAGCGAUCAACCAAGGCGGUUAUUGUGUGGCCAGCUCCAACACCAACUUUGGCCCAUUGAACUCCUCGCCGAGCUCGGAAUUCACCGUCUCAGCGAACAGCAACUUCGUUUGGUUGUCUAGUCGCAAGUGAAGGCUACCGUACCCUCCAGCUACUUACCGCUGGCGUGUGAGCUGUACC